AUGCCACCAGUUAGAGCCUCUGGAACCGGUCGUGGGAUGCCCUUCCAUAAGCUAUUUGCCAAACAUGGUGUUAGUGUUACCAUCAUCACCACACAUGCCAACGCUUCAACCUUCCAGAAAACCAUUGACAGUGACUUCAAUUCAGGAUAUUCCAUCAAAACUCAUCUCAUUCAGUUCCCUUCAGUUCAAGUUGGUCUCCCUCAUGGUGUUGAAAACUUCAAAGAUGCCACUUCCCUUGAAAUGAUUGGUAAGAUCAAGCAUGGAAUAUCGAUGCUUCAAGAUCCAACUGAGAUUCUGCUUCAAGAUCUUCAACCAGAUUGUCUAGUCACUGAUAUGAUGCUUCCUUGGACUGUGGAAGCAGCGGCAAAACUAGGUGUUCCAAGGUAUAGACCUCACGAUAAUUUAGUUUCUGAUACACACAAAUUUACGAUUCCUGGUUUGCCUCAUACCAUUGAGAUGGCCCCUCUGCAACUUAGUGAUUUUUUAAAGGAAAAGAAUGCUACCACAGCUUAUUUUGAAUCAAUUUUUGGAUCUGAGAAAAGAAGCUAUGGAACACUAUACAAUAGUUUUCAUGAACUUGAAAGUGAUUAUGAGAAACUUAGUCAAACUACAAUGGGGAUCAAAUCAUGGUGUGUGGGACCAUUUUCUACAUGGAUUAACAAAGAUGAUCAUGAAGAAAAAGGCAAUAGAGGACACAUCGAAAAAGAGGGAGAAUUGUUAAAUUGGCUUAAGACAAAGUCAAAUGAUUCUGUUUUGUAUGUAUGUUUUGGUAGCCUUGCUAGGCUUUCUCAUGAACAGCUUGUGGAAAUAGCUUAUGGACUUGCUCCACCAACACCACCAUAUCCUCUUCACGUCACUUCCCUCUGA